AUGUCUAAUCCCCCUCAAGUCCCGCGGCGGGCAUUUGCUGUCAUGCCCAAGGAUCGCCAACAGGCCCUCCUCAACAAACAGAAGAAAGAAGUUCCAACUUCGAGGUCCGUGUCCGAUUUUCUGGAAUCGAAAAUCAAAGAAUAUCGCUGUGAUCUGGAUUACAUACAAUGCGCCCACGAGGGCCUUGUUGAGGCUUUGGAUACCAACCUGAUCUCCGCCACGGAGUUUGCGGACGCUUUACAGCCGUUCAUGGCGUCAGCAAGGACGGUUUCUCAUGAGCUGAAAACCCUGAAUCUUCAGCGAAAGAUUAUGGAAGAAGAUUUAGAAGAGCAAGCCUCCAAUAAGCGCCGGCGACAAGGAGAGCCGGACGUGGAGCUACUGGAGAGAGCUUAUGUCGAUUCGAUCAUGCCAAAGGUCAUGUCGGCUACGGCCCAACAACAGAAGGACAAAGAGCUUCGGGAGCACCACUUCAAUGCUUCUAACUUCAAGAGAGAUGUGGCCCUUUAUUAUGGCAUUCCAAAGGGAAUGGCAUACUGCCAUCUAUCAGGCGAGUGGAAUGCCCACGAUGUAAAAGCAGCUCAUCUCGUGCCCCGGAGUUUGACUGGCGAUGAGAUAUCCCAUCUCUUCGGCGUUCGGAAGAUCGUAUUAUCUGACACUCGAAAUGCCCUUUCCCUCCACAAAAACCUUGAAAUUGCCCUUGACAGUGGGCAAAUAGUCAUUGUCCCAAUUCUGGAGGAGAAUCACACCACCAACCCUGAGAAGGCGCCUGCUACUGAUCCUUCGCGUUGGAAGUGUGUCCUGACGGAUAAUAGCAAGCGGUACCAAAAGGCCCUAGCUUCCCCCGCAAAAACGUGGUUAUGGGAUGAGUUUGAUGGGAAAGAGUUGAAGUUCCGAAACCAGAACAGACCUGCGAAACGAUACCUAUACUUUAGGUUUAUCAUCACUUACAUCUUCUGCAAGAAGCAGAGCAAUGACCUCUUCACGAAGAAGGUCGAGGCAGCGGCGAGGGAUUUUUGGCCUACGCCAGGGCCGUAUCUACGGAAGUCAAUGCUACGGACUUUGGCCCGAAGUAUUUCCGGGCACGAGCUACCACCGAGUCUGGUAGAUGGCAAGACCUUUGACGAUUCCCAGUAUGUCUAUGAAGAACAUAAAACGGAAUCAGCUAUGGUGGCAGCGCAGGACAUUUAUGAUGCUAUAAUAGCAUCUGUCAAGACUUUACCUCCUGACGAUGAGUCAGAGAAUGCCACCACACAAGACCCAACAGAGGAAGAGGGUUACCAGUCAAGCGACGAUGAUCCUGUAUACGAGGACACAUUGGAGUUUUUGUGA